UAGCUGUGUCAUUGGGUUGCAAAUACUACUCACACUGUGACACUGGCCUACAACUCAAAUGCAUUCCAUUAAAGAAAACUGAUCCAAAGUAAGUUUUGCAUUUGUCCUAGUGCGGUGUGAUUUUAUGUCCCUAUUGUGAUAUUUGCUUGAAAAGAUGUGUGACGAAAUCCGUCUGGUUCGCCAUGAUGGUGACACGCCGUGGGGUUUCCGACUGACUGGCGGUCGCGACUUCGGCACUCCGCUCCUUGUUGUCAAGGUGAUUGGUGGUAGUAUUGCGGCUUUGGCUGGAGUCCACGUGGGAGACAUUGUGAGAGGAAUCAACUACGUGCCGACCAAUGAGUUCACGCAUCUCGACGCGCAACGAGCCAUCCUCGAAUCCAAUGAUACGCUAGUCUUGAAUCUCAUCAGAGGCGAUGAGGAGCCAGAAGAGAUAGAGAAGAAAGUGGAGAACCUUGAGCUGUCGUUCGUGGUGAAGCUGAACCGGUCAGGUCGCAUCUCGGCGGUGGAGGAGAUCUCGACCCCUUGCACGACGCCGCUGCCACCGACGUCACCCGCACCACAGCGAGGCAGCAAGUCACGGUCUGGUUCGGGAGACCGCAAUGCAGCCUGGAGCAUGUCGUCCAACGUGACUCAGCAGGUGACACAGCAGCCUGAGGCCGAGCCUGCCAAGAAGGGCAAGAUCACGCUCACUGUCAUGGAUGAUGGGCCAAUCAUCAUGAAGCCGCUCUCCUCUCAGCAGCAAGUGGAAACAAAGUCGAGCCAGAAUAUGACGCGAGAGAACAUGAGCUGCAACAAGGAGAUGACCGACGAGGUGACAUUGCAUGAGGAGAUGAUGCUGGAGACAUCGCUGAAGAAGACCACGACGACGAUCACCGAACGCAGCGAGGAGGAAUUCGUGAACGAGGUGCGAGGGGGCAUCGUGCAACGCGCCAGGAAAGAGAACCGCGAAUUGACCGAGGAUGAGAUCUUGGAGAUGAUGGCCGGAGAGGCCGAGGUGCUUGAUGAAGAUAAAGGAACCAUAGGUGUCAACUUCCAGAAAUUCAUCCCAAAGUGUGAGUUUAUCAAGGAUUCCGAAGUUUUCAAGGCAUUGCAAGAGGAACAAACAAAAAAAGAGAAAACCGAAGUGCAACAACUCAUGAAAGACCCGACGAAACGUUUUUCGAAAUUUCUCAUCAAACCCAACACUCCGAAGCCGCUGCCAAAACCCAAACCAGAGGUGGCCGAACCAAUGGCCUGGCAGAAGAAAAUGGAGAAUGGAAAAGUCGAGAAGAAAGAAGCGUCUGAAAAGCAGACAGCUGUUGCCGAAGUGAGAAGUCCCGAAGGUGAGAAGACUUUCGUUCACGAAAAUGAAAAGUCGGCUUUCCAAAGCACAGCACUCGAGAAAGCUGAAGAGCGUCAUACUGUCGAGAGAAGAGAAGAAUGCUUUAUUAAAAAGUACGAACAACACGAAGAAAGCUUUGAGAUGGAGGAGAGCAUCAAUGGAUCUACGUCCAGCUUUUCAUCUAACAGAGCCUGUGCAAAGAGCUCCAAGGCUUUUUCAGUAUCGACCAACAAUCAAGACUUCGACGAUGAAACUGAACAAUCUUCAUCGAACAACAGGAAGGAUUCGGAAGACUCGACGGCGACAUCCAACAACAAUUGCAAGAAGAGAAGCAGCCUGAGCUCGCAGUCGGAAGGGCGCAGGUCCAAGACGAAGAAGGUUGGAUUCAUGGGCGUCGAAGAGAGAGCCAACAUCGAGAAGCAGCUGGAGGACAUCCAGAAGCAGCUGCUCAACCUGCAGCGGCUGCCGCUCGAGAUACAGAAUCACCUUCUAGCUGUGCAGCAGUCGCUGCAGGACAUUGUGGCCCAGCGUCAGUCGUCACCUGUCUCUGGUAUAGACAGAGAUGAAGAGGAUGACGACGUGGACAAUGAAGAUGUUGACAAAUUCCUGAAGGAAACCGACGAUGAAUUCGAGACCAUGUACAAAGAGCAAGAGGGAGAAGAAGAGGAGAACGAAGUAACUAUCAAGGAGGAAGAGGCGUAUGAAGAGGACUACACCGAAAGUCGAGGGAAAACCAUGGAGGAAGAUGAAUACACGGAGAAUGCAGGUGCAGAGAAAGAGUCGUUGAUUGAGGAUCAGGAGGAUCGGCCACAAGUCGAACAAUCAGCCAGAGAGCAGCCAAAACCACUCCCUCAUGGACAAGAGGAUGUGGAGAUUUGUCGAGCAGAAGGAAAACGAAGCUUCCCUCUGACCCCUCAACUUCGUCCAAUGGUUUUGCCCGGUGGCAGAAAAUGGUAUCAACCCAAAGACGCUUUCAACGAAGAGUUCAUCGCUGAAACCAUUGUGUCACAAUCUGAGGUUCUUGUGGGAACUACUAUUGGUGUGAACUUUCGCAAGUACAUACCUCCAAAGUUCGAUGCGACCAACUCAGCUGUGUACAGGUUGAUACAUGAGCUGGAGGAGAAAUCGAAGAAGGGAGUUGCUGAGAGACCCGAAAAAGUGCAUGACCUUGAUAAAUAUUACAAUGCACCAAUUUCUAAGAGGCAUUUCUUCGCGGCUACUCUAUCUGAAAACCAAGUAAGUCAAUUUCUUUUGUAAAAUUAAAUUAUUUGAUUAAAUAAACUUC